UGAUGAUCAUAUUUUCUCUUUUGCUACAAUAAGCUUUACUUUAAGAUUUGCUGGAUCAUGUGUAUAAUAUUUUGCAAAAGAAUAAUAGGCAGCAAUUAAGAUGUUUGCCAUUCUAGAUGGAAUAAAGAUAGUUAAUCUUCAGACAAUAUGAAAGAAAGUAUGAUAUUAUAUUGGGACUGACUUCUUCAGGAUUUUCUCCUAAAAAUCAGGGAUAUUUAAUUUAACUAACUUUGAAAAUAUUUCAUACCAUUUACAAAAUAUACUCAGAUAAUAAAUAAAGAAUGCACUAAAGUAAGCCAAUGAAUAUGAUUUUAUAAGAUUAAAUUUAUUUAUAGAAACAUAAUUAUCCUAAAAAGAAAUUGACAAAUAAAGAGAAUAAGGAAUUUAAAGAUAGUUUGGACCCAAAAGUACUUAAAUUUCAGAUGGACAAUAAAAAGGGAUUGCAUUAGUAAGAGCAAUAUUAAGGAAUUCUAAAAUCUUAUUAUUAGAUGAUGCAACUAGCUAACAUUUGA